UUAAAAACAUGGUGAAGUCAAUAAAUUCUAAUUGAUCGUAAAGAGAAUAUCAUAGUAACCAAAUAACUGUGUAAAAAAACUGUUAGGUACACAUAUUAAAUAAACCAUUUUCUAAUAGACAUAGACCAACGACACACCAGCGAAAAAAUGGAGAAGAAACGUCAUCAGUGCGAUGUCUGCGACAAGUCGUUCAGCCAAAGUAGCAGUUUGACGAGACACAAGCGGACUCACACAGGCGAAAAACCGUACGCGUGCGAUGUAUGCGAAAAGUCGUUCUCACAAAGUGGCCAUUUGACAGCACAUCGACGCACCCACACAGGCGAAAAACCGUACCCGUGCGAUGUAUGCGACAUGUCGUUCUCCGAAAGUGGCAGUUUGACAGUACAUCGACGCACGCACACAGGCGAAAAACCGUACCCGUGCGAUGUAUGCGACAUGUCGUUCUCCGAAAGUGGCAGUUUGACAGCACACCGACGCACGCACACAGGCGAAAAACCGUACGCGUGCGAUGUAUGCGACAUGUCGUUCAGCCAAAGUAGCAAUUUGACGAGACACAGGCGGACUCACACCGGAGAAAAACCUUACGCGUGCGAUGUGUGCGACAUGUCGUUCUCCGAAAGUGGCAGUUUGACAGCACACCGACGCACGCACACCGGCGAAAAACCGUACGCGUGCGACGUAUGCGAAAAGUCGUUCUCUAACAGUGACCAUUUGACGAGACACAAGCGGACUCACACCGGAGAAAAACCGUACGCGUGCGAUGUAUGCGAAAAGUCGUUCUCCGAAAGUGGCAGUUUGACAGCACACCGGCGCACGCACACCGGCGAAAAACCGUACGCGUGCGAUGUAUGCGAAAAGUCGUUCUCCGAAAGUGGCAGUUUGACAGCACACCGACGCACGCACACAGGCGAAAAACCGUACGCGUGCGAUGUAUGCGAAAAGUCGUUCUCUCAAUUCACCAAUUUGACAAGACACAAGCGUAAGCACAUGGCACACUGAUCGGAAUUAUCAAUGAUCUAUGAUUCGAUGACCGUAUUAAAAUAAGGCAAAUCUUUGACAUAUUGCCAAUUAUUAUGGUCAAUGUGUUAAUUUUAUCAAGUAAACAGUUGUUUCUCAAUACUAAAUAGAUUGCUAAUUGUUCGUAUUA